AUGUCAAAUAACAAAUCCAAAACCACUUCUCAGUUGCUCAAGUCUAAGAGUCCCACACCGGAUGCCACUGAUAGAAGAUCACAAAAGAAAAAGUUAGUCAACCUACAAGAUAUAGACUCAAUUUUAACCCAACUUGAAACCGAAGACUCUCAAAGAGAUAGUAAAGUCAGAAGAGUCUGCAACUGUAUGGCCAGAAGACACCCAUUAUUUGAAUUUGCACCAAACUGUUUAAAUUGUGGGAAAAUCAUUUGCACAAAAGAAGGACUACAACCAUGCUCAUUUUGUGGUUCCGAUAUAAUUCCACCAAGAGAUCGUGAUGCCAUUGUCAAAUUGUUGGAGAAAGAGAAGGAGGAGUUAGUUACCAAAAAGCAAGAGCUGUAUAAUCCAUCUCUGCAGAAAACGAAAAAGAAAAUAGUCGUCAAGAUGAAUGCUGGAGAAAAAUUCUGGGAUGCACAAGACAGGGCAUUCAAGUUGGCCGAAAAAGAAUUGCAAAGUAAGAAAAGUACAGGACUGGUAGCUGAAAAUGCAUCCGGUACCAAAGAGACUAAAGAUCAAGAUUUGCAGAAAGCAAAAGAACGUCUAGAUACCUUAUUAGAUUAUCAGGCAACAGGGGAAGAGAGAACAAAAAUUAUAGACAAUGCGUCUGACUUCGAGAUGCCAUCGCAAUCGUUAUGGUUGACUCCUGAGGAAAGGGCUCUAAAUUUAAAGAAACAACAAAGAUUAAUGAGAGAAAGCUUAGUGAACAAGGAGAGGAAAUCACGUGGGGAAAAGACUGUUGAAAUGACUAUCAAAGAUGGCAAAGUAACCAUGGUUGAAAAGUACGUUACUCAUACCGAAGGCACGUCUCAUGAAGAGUCUGAGUUAGAAAAAUCAAUCAAGGAGAAAAAAAUGCAGUCACAAACUAGUAAUCUGGUCUGGGAUUAUGAAAUGGACAAAUCCAAAUGGGAGAAACCCAUAUACUUUGCCAGCAAAAACAUACCUCAAGUUGACAAGAGUGAAUUGAAAAUUACGAAAAAUAGAGUGCAGUUUCCAAAAGAAGAUGCAUCUGAAGUGAUUGCAACAGUAAUAAACUAG